GCUUGCGAGACGGAUGGCAGACUUCCCUGGGUGUUCGAGAAGGGCGGGCCGCGUCUCUACGUGUAUGGUACGAACAUCAUCCGCAAGGGCGAUGCCGAGAUUCCGACCGAGACUGCCGCGAAGCUGAAGAAGAUGGGUCUCGGGAGCACCGGCACGGGCAAGAAGGUGGGCCGAAAAGAGCUUAUGAACUUGAAGCUUCGCACGAGUACGGCAAGCGCAGUGUGGAGGAAGACAAGGAAGCCGGCGAUGAAGGUGAAGAAGUUUCGGCUGAGAUGCCCGAGUUGCAAAGCGAUCAUCGAGCCGAUCAGGGAGAACCUGUCCGAGGAGGAGUACGCAGCAGCAGUGGCAGCUGCGUCCGAGGCACCGGAUGCUGCCCGAGAUGCUGCCUGA